AUGAUGGCUGCAACUUCAGCUGAUUUACCAACCACUGUUCCACAUAAGGAAGAACUCUGGAAUAACCAGACUAACCUGACCAUAAAUGCCUCAGAAAGUCACAGUGAUACCAGCUGUUCUUUGGAUGACAACAACUCACUGUCAGUUGCUUUGAUCUUUUUUUACUCCAUUAUUUUUGUUGUUGGAUUGGUCGGAAAUAUUAUAGCCCUGUUUGCUUUCCUGCGCAUUCACCAGAAAAGGAAUUCUAUCCAAGUUUACUUGCUAAACAUAGCAGUUGCAGACCUUCUGCUGAUCUUCUGUCUUCCCUUCCGGAUACUCUAUCAUGCCACCAACCGCUGGAUGUUCGGGCGGAUUUUGUGCAAGGUUGUGGGAACUCUGUUUUACAUGAACAUGUACAUUAGCAUAGUACUGCUGGGACUCAUUAGUCUGGAUCGUUAUAUAAAAAUAAAUAAGUCUGUGAAGCGUCCAAAGAUGUUAACCACCGCCCAGAGCGUGCAGAUUUGUUGCACGGUGUGGGCGAUUGCAGUGACAGGAUUUAUAGUGGUAGUUGCACCAUCUUUCUUUAAGACUGAGGACAGCAACUCUACCAAGUGCUUUCAUUACCGAAGCAAACAGAAUGCAGAGAAGACUGAAGCAAUUUUAAAUUAUAUCAUUGUAUUGAUUUUUUGGAUAGUUUUUUUCCUUUUGGUACUUUCGUAUGUAAAAAUUGCCAAGAACCUUCUGAAAAUUUCGAGGAGAAGGGCAAACUUUCCCAAUGCAGGAAAAUACACCAAGACAGCAAGAAAUUCCUUCAUUGUUCUCGUAAUUUUCACCAUCUGUUUUGUGCCUUAUCACAUGUUCCGGUUUGUCUACAUCACAUCACAGUUACGAACCCCAUCCUGUUACUGGAUGGAGAUCAUUCACACGUGCAAUGAGGUGAUGCUGGUGUUUUCAUCAUUUAACAGCUGCCUAGACCCAGUUAUGUAUUUCCUAAUGUCCACAAGUGUCCGUAAGACUGUAUUCCAACUGAUAUGCAGAAAACUUCAUGGAGAGUCAAGCCUAAACCUGGAGAGCACUUCAGAUGUAAAACUUGGCCAAUAUACCCAAGAGCGAUUAUCUACCACCACUCCUCACUCCAGCUACUCCAGGAAGAAGUCUAUGAUUUGA